AUGGCAGACCCUCCAGAAGAUACCCACCUCGACAUCCCCCAACACAUCAAAUACUGGAAACGCUGUCUCCUCACCCUCCUCCCGACCCAAUACACCACGACUGAUUCCUCACGCAUGACGCUCGCCUUCUUCAUCCUCUCCGCCCUCGACCUCCUCAACGCAGGCGCCGACACCUUCCCCCCCGCCCAACGCACAUCCAUCCGUGACUGGAUACUCAAAUGCCAGCACCCGCACGGCGGCUUCUGCGGGAGUCCGAACCAUCGGUAUCCAGACGCGUAUUAUGAAGGUGGGGAGAGUAUGGAUCCAGCGAACUUGCCGGCUACGUAUUUUGCGCUUCUGGCGUUGAGUUUUGUGGGGGGGCUGGAGAGUGUGAAUAGAGGGGCGUGUUUGGCGUGGUUGAGGAGGUUGCAGAGGAGGGAUGGGAGUUUUGGGGAACUGGUUACGGGGGAGGGGAAGGUGGAGGGGGGGUAUGAUAUGCGGUAUUGUUAUGUGCUUGCCAAUGUGCGGUGGAUGUUGAGAGGGGAUAUGGAGGGUCCUGUUGGAGGGAUUGAGGAUAUAAAUGUGGAAUCGCUGGUGAGACAUUUGAAGGCUGGUCAGACUUAUGAUGGAGGUAUCUCCGAGAGCUCCUCGCAUGAAGCACAUGCUGGAUAUACAUACUGUGCCAUUGCCUCUCUCAAGAUUCUAAAUCGUCUUAAUAAUCCAGAUACCGCAAAAGACAAUGCUACUUCCUCUGGGCUCACAGAUAUAUCAGCAACUAUCAGAUGGCUCAUGUCAAGACAAAUAGGAUAUAUUCCAGACGAAGACUCCGACGACGACAAUGACAGCCUCCCAGACCAAGACAACCGCAACACUCUCGCAGGAAUCCACUCAGCACAUGCCAUCCCCGCUCUCUCAACUACCUCACCAGAAUUCGUAGGCUUCAACGGCCGCUGCAACAAAUCCGUCGACACAUGCUACGCCUUCUGGGUAACAGCAUCCCUCAACAUGCUCAACCCCACCUACACCCCCCUAGUCAACACGCCUUCCAUGCGGCGCUUCCUCUUCACGCAGACCCAACACCGGAUCGGAGGAUUUAGCAAACACCCCGGCGGUCCACCGGAUAUCUAUCAUUCGUAUCUGGGACUGGCGGCGUUGGCUGUGAUGAAGGAACCCGGGUUGAAGGAGCUGGAUGCGGCGCUUUGUGUUAGUCGGGAGCAGAGGGCGAGGAUUGAGGGGGUUAGGGGUGGGGGUGGGGGGUAG